AUGCCAAAACGAAAGACAAAGCCUUUGACUGUAAAAAAGGACUUGGAAAAGAAGAAAAAACAAAAAGUUGCUAAUGCUGAAAAAAAUCAAGAAAAAUUGGAUCGUGACAACGAAUUAAGACGAGAAAAGCGAUCCGAUCCGGAUUAUUUAGAAGCCGAAUCAUCAAGAGAUUUGAUAAGCCGUCAAAAUCGUCGAUCGGACCUCGAAUAUUUACAAGCUGAAUUGUCAAGAGAUUCAGUAAGUCGUCAAAAUCGUCGUUCGGAUGUGGAAUAUUUACAAGCUGAAUUGUCAAGAGAUUCAGUAAGUCGUCAAAAUCGUCGUUCGGAUGUGGAUCAUUUAGAAGCUGAAUCUGCAAGAGAUUCGGUAAGUCGUCAAAAUCGUCGUUCGGAUGUGGAAUAUUUACAAGCUGAAUUGUCAAGAGAUUCAGUAAGUCGUCAAAAUCGUCGUUCGGAUGUGGAUUAUUUAGAAGUUGAAUCAGCAAGAGAUUCAGUAAGUCGUCAAAAUCGUCGUUCGGAUGUGGAUCAUUUUGAAGCUGAAUUGUCAAGAGAUUCAGUAAGUCGUCAAAAUCGUCGUUCAGAUGUGGAUUAUUUAGAAGUUGAAUCAGCAAGAGAUUCAGUAAGUCGUCAAAAUCGUCGAGCAAAGCGAAUUCCGUGGAACAAAGCAAUCGAGACAUACAAUGCAAUUGUUAAAGACGGUCCAUAUCAUCGAUGUUACUCGUGUGAUCGAUUGUUUUUUAAGACGCAAGUAUCGGUAACGACUCGUGAAAAACUACAAGAGAAACGAGGAUGUACUGACGCAUAUAUAACUGGACUCAUAAUUUCCGAAUUAAUUGACGAUCCCGAGUUCAUUUUCUGUUCAACUUGCAUGGCUCAUAUUCGUAAGCAAACAUACUCGAAGUUGAAUAUUAAUCAGUCGAACUUGAAGUUUCCUGAUGUUCCUGACUGCUUAAAGAAGCUGACUCCAUUAGCGGAACGAUGUGUAGCAGCUCGAAUUCCAUUCAUGAAGAUCGAACAAGCUAAUUAUGCAGGACAAUUAAAGAUAAAAUCCGGUAUAGUUAAUGUUCCCAUCGAUGUUUCAACUGCAGUCAACGCAAUUCCGAGAUCGGUGGACGAUACACAUGUCAUUGAAGUUUCGUUAAUGCGAAAAAUGUCUUACAAGAACCCUUACAUUCGAGAACGUGUUCGACCAGCUGAUGUAUGGGCUGCUGCAGAAUAUUUAUGCCAAACGCCACUUUAUACUGAAUUUGGCAUUACAUUAAAUCAGGAAUUUAAUCCUGCAGUUAGUGCUGUUGAACCUGACAACGAAACCGUCAAUACUAAUAACGAGUUGCAAUCACGAGAUACAGUUAACUUAGAAUCGCCUUCAGAGCCAGAACCAGUCGAGCCUACCGAUCGUCAUUUACCGGAAGAAACGUUACUCGAUUCAAUGGAAGCAAUGCAGUUCGUACCGGAACUCGAUCCAUCGGAUGCCAUUAGAAUUGCUCCAGGUGAAGGCCGAAAUCCGAUUCCAAUGUUUAUGGACAAGUAUUGUGAAGAGUUGGCGUUUCCAACAAUAUGGUGUGGUCAGCAGAGAGCAAUGCCACCAGAUGGUCAAAAAGCAUUGUCGAAUCUGGAUUACGUAAAUUCGGAAAUUCGUAGAUAUGACCGUCGAGCCUGUCGUCCCGAUCAUAUUCUAUACUUAUAUAAGAAGUCUCAAAUUGAACAACUUACAAAGCAAGCAACUGUUAUUCUUCGAAAAAGUACUCAAAAUAACAACAUCACAGCCGGUCAAGUAGCAAAUAAACAGUUUCUCGAUAAUGCUGUUAAUAACGAUUCCGCAUAUCGAUUUAUGGCAGCGAUAACAGGAAGUCCACCAUAUUUCGAAGCUCAGAAGAAGAAAGUAAUGGCGAUGGUUCGACAGUUCGGUGGAUUUACUUUCUUCGUUACGAACUCGGCAGCAGAAACUCAUUGGCCGGAAUUACUUGUUAUCCUUAAAAAGACUGUGGACAAAGCUGACAUUUCUGGUGAAGAGGCAAUGGAUUUGACAUUUGAAGAAAAAUCUCGACUAAUAAGUUCGGAUCCAGUUACGUGUGCCCAGUAUUUCUACCAUCGACUAAAAGCGUUGUGGAAAACAUGGGAAGCCGAAGACGGACCAUUCGGAAAGUACAAGAUAGCACACAAAUAUUGUCGUAUCGAAUGGCAACAUCGGGGAUCGCCGCAUGCUCAUCAAUUCGUCGAUUUGAAAGACGCACCCAAGUUCAAUCCUGACGAUCCGGAUUCGUACAAGCGAGUUUGUGAAUUCAUUGACGAAAUAGUCACAACUGAUACCGAUGAUCCGGAAGUUUCUAGCAUAAUAUACGUACAGAAACAUCGAUGCACUCACACAUGCAAGAAAGGAAGAAGAGGAAAGGAAACAUGCCGAUUUAAUGCACCUUUUUUGCCACUUCCACAAACAAUGAUACUAGAGCCAAUUCCGGAUACGAUGGUCUUAGCACAAGCGAAAAAGGACUUACUUCGAAAGAUUAAUGAGAAUCUGCAUGACAUACUCGAAUCGGAAGCAGCGAGUUCGUUAUCGUUCGACGAUUUACUAGAUAAAUUAGGAUGCAGUUUUGAUGACUAUCUCCUUGCUGCACGAGCAAAACUUAAGUCACGAAAGGUUUUCGUUAAACGACUGCCCAAGAAUGCCCGAAUAAAUCCAUACAACAAGAAGAUGCUUAUUGCAAUGAGAUCAAAUAUGGAUAUUCAAUUUAUACUGGACGUGUACUCCUGUAUUUGCUACGUGGUCGACUACGUCAACAAAGCCGACAAAGGACUAUCUCGGUUAUUGCGACAAUGUAUCAAGGAUUACGAACGUGGCAAUCACAGCAUUAAAUCGAAACUCAACGCACUUUCGAAAGUCCUGUACAAUUGCAGUGAAACAUCGGCACAAGAAGCGGCUUGGAUUCGACUCCGGCAACCGAUGUGUAUGUCUUCCGAUGUCGUAGAAUUCAUUCAUUCUGGUCCGAAAUCGCAACGACAACGAAUGUUAAAGACGAAUGCAGAAAUCGACAAACUUAUGAAAACUGACCCUAAUAGCACUGACAUAUACAAGAAAGGACUAAUUGAUCGAUAUAGUGACCGACCUGAAGAACUCGGAAACGAAUGUCUUGCAGAUUUCAUUGCUAAAUACAACUACAAACCGAAAGGUCGACCAGUCAAUGACAACACUGAAGAAGGAGAUAUUGCUAAUGACGCUGAAGAACUCGAAAUAGUCGAUGACGAUGAACAGACCAAUCCACUCGAGAAGAAAACGUUUGAAUUAAAGAACAAUAGUGGAACUAUUACACGAAGACGACGACCGAAAGUAAUUAGAUACUGCCGCUUCAAUAUCGCUCAAGAUGAAGCGAAUUAUUAUCGGGAAAUGUGUUUGCUGUUCUUGCCGUGGAGAAAUGAAGAUACUGAUAUCGAGUCACAGAAUUGUUCCGAAUUAUUCCAUCAAAAUGAAGCCACCAUCAAAGAAAAUUAUGACAAAUACAAUGCAGUUUCUCUAGACUUAGAACAAAUGUCUAGAGAUAUACAAAAUGAACGACUAUUGGAAGAAGCCGAUGCUGAAGACCGUGAAGAUGUUGAACAAGCUAAUCCGGAUUUCCAAAACGUAUACGACUUUGAUGAUACAAUUGUUCAACCGAAUGCGGCAGUCGAAAUGGGAAUGGAAGCACCAGAAUCUAAUACAGUCGUCAGUCGUUAUAAGGUUCCCGAUAUCUUAUCCGAUGACGAAUAUUAUGAAUUGUGUGACUCCUUGAAUGAACGACAACGAGACUACCUAAUGCAUGUAAUAAGUUGCUUCAAUAAUCCAUCCUGCCUACCAAUUAAUCAUUACAUUGCAGGAGGAGCUGGAUUUGGAAAAAGCCGAUUGAUUAAGGCAAUAUAUCAAUCAAUAAUGAGAAUUUAUCGUAGCGAGCCGGGUCCUGUCGAUUCAAACGAAGUCCUUCUUGUCGCUUAUACCGGUAUGGCGGCACAUAAUAUUGGUGGAAUUACAGCACAUAGUGCUUUUCAUUUAGCAGCAAAUCAAGGCAAAACGGAUAAAGGUCUUCCUCCGGAUAUCGCUAAUACGCUAGCUAGUAACAUGCGAUCAAACAAGUUGACAAUCAUCGAUGAAAUCAGCUUCCUAUCAUCAAAACACUUACAUCAAAUGAGCUCAAACAUGAAGCAAGCUUUCAAAUCGAAAGAGGAAUUUGCUGGUCGUUCGAUCAUCGCUGUCGGAGAUUUUGCACAAUUGCGACCUAUCGGAGCCCCAUAUUGCUUUCAAUCGAAAGAACGUCAUUCAACUGCAGCUCUUGUCGACAAUCCACAAUGGAAGCCUUUUCAGAUGUUCGAACUUACCGAAAUUAUGAGACAACGUGAUGAUUUAAGAUUUGCUGAAGCAUUGAAUCGACUUGCUGUUGGACGAACUACUCAAGAAGACAAUCAGUUGUUCGAAAGCCGAUGUUUUAACGAAAAUACACUUCCUACUGUUGCUCGUACUCGACUCCGAUUGAUCGCAUUUAAUGAAGGAGUCGACACAUACAACAUGCAACGUGCACAAGAAUUAAUUCGUGCUAACGCAUUGCAUUUUACAUAUAAAGCUGUAGAUAAGUUCAUCGGCACAUAUAAAGACGAGCAAAAACGUCGAGCACGUCAUUUAAUUAAAUCUAUGAAGCCUAAUGAUACACAAGGCUUAAUAUAUGAGCUUCAACUCGUAAUCGGUCUCCGUUACAUGAUUUCCACUAAUAUUGACGUUUGUGAUGGACUUUUUAACGGUGCUUGCGGAAUUCUUAGAUUUGUCGAAUUGCAAAACCGGAAAAUCAAUGCUAUUUAUAUCGAAUUCGAUGACGUUAAGACUGGAGCAAAAGCUAGAAGCACUCGGCAUAACGUUAUGCAAGCAAAUGCUCAAAUUCAACCAACUUGGACACCAAUAACAGUCACUAACAGAUGUUUCAACACAACCGAAGGAGGAAAGGUACAAGUAAGUCGUGAGCAAUAUCCAAUAUUGAUGGCAGAAGCAAUUACGAUACACAAAAGUCAAGGCCGGUCCGAGGAAAUCGUAACCGUUGAUGUUCGAAAAGGAAUGAAUCGCCAAAAAUACUACGUGGCCUUUUCGAGAGCGACUUCGUUGAACGGAUUGCAUAUUAUCGGACAGUUUAAUCCGCCUAGUCAAAUUGAGGAAAACGAUCCAGUGAAAAUCGAAAUGGAACGACUUCGACAAAAUCCACUAAUUCCGAAAUUUCAAUUUCUUCGAAUCGUUCCUGAAAAUGUCAUUCAAAUAGUCAGUCACAACGUCCAAUCCAUUCGAAAGCAUAUCUCGUCAGUCGUUACUGAUAGUGUAUACACGAACUCCCACAUAUUAGCAUUUCAAGAGAGUUGGGCAAUUAACAAUGAGUCGUACAACAUUCCGGACUUCGAGGAAAUAUCACGAAAUUCGUUAUCAGGACGUCCUCGAGCAUUUGGAACGAUUAACUUCUUUUCAGUAAUGGGAGCAAUUAAGCGUAAAAAUGAAAACAAAAUUAAAGACCUCGAACGCAAGCUGAUCAAAUCGAAAAACGAUGCCAAAUUAUUAGAGAAAUGUUUAAUGUUGGAAAAAGUCGAACGGAAUGUAAAAAAACAAAAAGUUGAAACGGAUAUCGAAUCAACGACCAAAACCGAGCUCAGUAUGAAGGAUGACGAAAAUUUCGAAAUGGAGAUAAGCCUUGAAAUGUUAUCUCAAAUCGAUAGCUUAGAAAAGAAACUCGAUAAGCCGGUUUGCGAUGAUAAUAUGAAUUUCGGAAUUAAAAACGACCAUAACGAUGAAAACGGACCUCACAAACUGAUUGAACCGGAAAUCGAUUAA